AUGACCUGCCCUAACCAAGCCAAGGCCUCUCUCCAUCUUGAUUUAUCCUCACGCUGUGGCCAUCGAGUCAACCGCUUUCAGACUCCAACAAAAGAAAGGUCUUGGCAGAAACGACUGGUGUUAAUGCACAAACAUGGAAAGGACAAGGCGCUAAGCGACGUCGUUACUGGAGGCUUGGAAGAUCUCACGACAGGAAAUGAGAAACGAAUCGCAGGGGAUAAGGGGUUCAAAAACAAUCAGAUCGAGCGCUUUGCUUCCAUCAUUACUCGUCAUCUCUCAUCACCUUCUCUCAUAACAUCAUCACCAUCAUCCGCCUCCGCUCUUCACCAACAGUGGCUAGGUGCACCGAAUUCACUGUGCCUCCCCACUCCAGUAAUUUCAGAGCCUCCAAAACUACACAACAAAAACAUCAUCCCCCAAACAUCUGCACCAUCCCAAAAAAUAAUAUGGUAUCUGAACUUUUCCCCUCAUGUUCUUUCCCGGAAUGGAGAAAAAGAGAACCGAAAACCUCCACCCAUGCACCCUGUUGAGAGUUUCAAAGGGAGCCGGCACGCCCAAGAUCAAGAUCCAAACUGA